AUGCAGCAGCUGAAGACGGUGGAAUUUGGCCGCUGCCUGCUUCCGGAUGAAGACCGAAUCGUCCGGACCGAACUGGACACGUUCGUGGACGCCUCUGAGGAGGCCUGUGCCGCCGCAGUGAAAAAGUUGGCUCCGCUGAAAACAGUGUCCGUGUGCAAGUUGGAGCUGAACGCUGGACUUCUUGGAGCUCAUUUGGCCCGUUUUGUUGAAUCUUCAUUGACCCGGAAGAUCACAGCGCGUCGUUUCUGGACCGAUAACAGUACGGUUCGCAAUUGGGUUCGAACGUUAUCUGGUGACUACCAGGGCUACGUAAGCAACCGUAUCGGGGAAAUCCAGACCCUAUCGGACCCUUCGGAGUGGCGUUUCGUCCCGGGAGUCCUAAACCCAGCGGAUGCGGCGACCCGCUCUCAACUGGAUGACCGGGCAAUCCCAGCGCGGUGGUUGGACGGACCACCCUUCUUGUAUCAAGAGGAGACGGCCUGGCCACAAGACCUCCCCUGGACCUUGGAAAAGGCGGAGAUGCGUGGGGCCCGCGCCCAUAUGAGUAACGUCGUGUCGGAGAAAAUAGUGCCAUUCGAUUGGAAGACGGUGAAGAUAGCUGCCGGCGACGUGCCCACUCUCAUCAGAUUAGAGAAUGACUAUCUCGAUCCCGUCCGACUGUGCCAGAGGGAGACCUAUCCGGAUGAGAUAAGCAGACUGGAGCGUGGAAAAGUGAUUCGCCCUACAUCAACCUUGCAGCCCUUGACCCCCUUUUUUGAUGCUGAUGAGGUGUUGCGGCUUGGAGGCCGUCUCAGCAGAGCGAAUUUACCGUACAAGGUCCUCCACCCGCCGAUUCUGAAUGGCCGACAUCUGUUAGCGCGAGCAAUCAUCCGCGCCUUCCAUGAGCAGCUUCAUCAUUCCGGAACUGACAUGGUGCUUGCCCAGGUGCGACAACAUUUCUGGAUCACAGCAGGAAGAGAGGCGGUCAAGAGAGCUCGCAACGAGUGUCUGGCGUGUCGGCGUUUCCGACCAAAAGCAGCGCUACAGAUGAUGGCGGACGUUCACAGGGCCCGGCUAGGUGCUCACCAGCCUCCGUUCACCUACACCUCCGUUGCCUUUUUUGGCCCCAUUGACAUCGCCUACCACAGAAGGACGGCCAAGCGAUGGGGCGUCCUGUUUACGUGUUUAGUGACGCGUGUCGUGUACGUCGACGUGGCGAUCUCUCUAUCAGCCAACGAUUUCUUGCUGGUUUUGCGCCGCUUCGUUUCUAUCUACCGCAAGCACGCUGAGAUGUUCUCCGACAACGGAACUAAUUUGACCGGGGCGGAGGGACUACGUGAAGAGCUGGAGAGACUAAAGGAGAGUUCGGCGUUGGAGACGGAGCUCAAAGCUCUCGGGAUUCGAUGGUGGUUCCAGCCAGCCAAGAAACCCCACUUUGGUGGAGCUCACGAAUCGCUGGUGCGUUCGGUCAAGCGAGCGCUCUACCCCAUGCUGGACAAGGAGUUGCACGGCCAGCGUAAUCUGAGUGAGGAGAUUCUUCGGACGCUCCUCUCAGAUGCGGACGAUAUUCGGCCCUUGACGCCGAACGAUUUUUUGAAUCGCGCGCAAAAUGCGGAUCUACCGGCGGGUGAUUUCUCUCGUGCCCUACCACAGGACCACUACCGGUACGUUCAACGGAUGACGGACCGCUUCUGGGAGCAGUGGCAUGGAGCAUUCCUGCAGUCCAUGACCUCACGACGCAAAUGGACAAGACCAGCCCGGAACUUAGCGGUUGGCGAUUUCGUGCUCGACGAUUGGAAGGAUGCACCACGAGGACGCUGGCGGACCGGAAAGGUUGUGAGAACGUAUCCGCAAAAAGAUGAACUAGUUCGAGCGGUAGACGUCGAGUUUUCUACAGGGAUAUUGCGCCGUGGAGCUAAUCAACUCGCCUUAUUGGAACCAAGCUCACUCUCUCCGGAAGCCGGAUCCAGUUCGGGGGAGAAUGGUUCGGCGGAUGCUGUUUAG